GAAAAAUGGCAUACCAGACAAUCCGACAGGAAUAUUUACAGAUUCCUGUGGUCACCCGAGCUUAUACGACUGCUUGUGUACUUACUACAGCCGCCGUGCAAUUAGAACUCAUCACACCUUUCCAGCUCUACUUCAACCCAGAUUUAAUACUGAGGAAUUAUCAGGUAUGGCGGCUAAUAACCAACUUUUUAUUUUUUGGUCCAGUUGGAUUCAACUUCUUGUUCAACAUGAUAUUUUUGUACCGAUACUGUCGGAUGCUGGAGGAGGGCUCUUUCAGAGGAAGAACCGCUGAUUUUGUCUUUAUGUUCCUCUUCGGUGGCCUUCUCAUGACUAUAUUUGGCACAUUCGUGAACCUUGUUUUUUUAGGCCAGGCUUUUACCAUCAUGCUGGUGUACAUCUGGAGCCGGAGGAACCCAAACGUGCGCAUGAAUUUCUUCGGUCUUCUGAAUUUCCAGGCACCCUUUCUUCCAUGGGUGCUGAUGGGAUUCUCUCUGCUGCUGGGAAACUCCAUCAUUGUCGAUCUUUUAGGCAUUGCAGUGGGACAUGUGUACUAUUUUCUGGAGGAUGUGUUUCCCAACCAACCAGGUGGUGGCAGAUGGCUGAGGACUCCCUCUAUCCUUAAGAUGCUGUUUGACACACCUGAAGAAGAUGCCAACUACAACCCUCUCCCUGAGGAUCGUCCUGGGGGCUUCGCCUGGGGUGAGGGUCAGCGGCUGGGAGGAUAAACUCAGCACCUCCUGUGCCUGAAUCUUCACGGACAUCUCAGAGAGCAAGAGAAAAAAAAAUCCUCUCUUUUUUUUCCUUCUUGUUUCUCUCGUGUACAAAAGAACCGAAUGCUCCACUCACAGAGCAAGACACGGAGACUUGCAGUUUGUGUGCACUGAGAUCACAUGCCUCCAAAUGUCUGCAAGACCCAUAAUGCUCCUCCGACUGUGGAAAUGGGUUUAACAAAAGAACUGACUUUUUGAUAAGUUGCUGUCCUGUACAACAGCCAUUACAAAUCCAGCAGCUGUGAAAGACAAAUACAGUAUAUAUUGAUAGCCACCAUUUUACUUGUUUUCUUUUUUUUUUUUAAUAAAUGUAUGUACGUUUCAGAGUA